CACGUGUCCUAGGUCACUAGUUUCGCAUAAAUUUUUGUCCAUCGAAAAAAUUAGCCAGCUUCUGGUCAUUCUUCAUCUUCAUUGCGGAAGAGGUUUGUUUGAGUAAAACGUGCUUGGAUUAACUCCUCAGAGAAAAAGAAUAAAAAAAUGCAAUCCGUAUCACUGAGACUGGGCAAGAAGCUCUCCAAUUCUCCGAAGCCUCUCUGGAGAAUCUCACCAAACCUCCUUGCUCACGCAUCAACUACCUCUUCCUCCUCUCCCCCACCGUCAUCUCCGAUCUCCGCCCCCGCCAACGGUACUACCUCCACUCUUAACAACCUCCUCACCGCUCCAUGGUCCGCUUCUCAAACCCGUGGAUUGACUUUUUCUGGAUCUGAUGUUAGAGUUGGAAAUCUGAUUGAAAAUCGAGGGCGCGCCUAUGAGGUUCUUAAACUGUAUCAAUCUCAUGAAGGAACUGGAAAAGCUGCUAUCAAGGUCCCACCUCACACUGUAGCUAGCUAUGCCACCGUUGCUACUACUACAGACGAUGACAUCAAAAGGAAGGAACGAAACAGUGGAUUGAGGAAUCAAGGCCUAACGACAAAGAGAGAGCAGCUCCUAAAAGUUACUGCAGCAGUUCCUCUUCUUUUAAUAUACCCAAACGCCUAUUCAUUGCUCCUGGCGAAUUUCUUUGUAUUCUGGCACAUAAAUGCAGGGAUCCAAGAGAUUUUGGCUGAUUAUGUUCACCAUGAGAUGACCAGGGAAUUUGUUUUCAUUUCUCUCAGAUUGUUCCUGAUAAUCGCAAUUAAGGAUGUUUUCUUAAAUUUUGUAUUUGUGUGAUUGGAUAGAGCAUAGGUUGUGCUGACACUGCCUUACAAUAAGAACUCCUUGAGGAGAAAACUUGAGAAACCUGUUGAAUAGUUUUUGUCGCUUCCGAGACUUAGAGGCGAGGCAACAUGAUUACUUCAUGAUUUAUCAAGUUUAUGGAUGCAUUAUAUUUUGCAUGUAUUCUGUUGCUAAUUAUGCAAUAAAAAUUGCAGUGGUGGAUAAUAAAGGCAUGCAUUGUUGUUGAA